AUGGUGGGGGUAGAAAGGAAGGUCAUUGAACAUAAGCUAAUGAUCAAACCGGAGGUAAAAGAGGUUAAGCAGAAGAAGCGGGUACAAGGAGGAGACCGUAACAGGGCGAUCAAUGAAGAAAUGUCUAAGCUGACGGAGGCCGGAAUAGUAAGGGAGGUGAUGUUCCCAACGUGGAUUGCAAACCCAGUUAUGGUCCGCAAGCAUGAUGGGUCGUGGCGCAUGUGCAUCGACUUUUCUGAUCUAAACAAGGCAUGCCCUAAGGAUUGCUACCCACUCCCGGAAAUCGAUCAGAAGGUAGAGUCUCUACAGGGAUUUAAGCUAAAAUGCUUCUUGGAUGCAUACAAAGGGUAUCACCAGAUAUUGACGAGCAAAGAAGACGAAGAGAAAACAGCCUUCUAUACAGACCAUGGCAUGUUCUGCUACACCAAGAUGCCUUUCGGGUUAAAGAAUGCAGGGGAGACAUACCAGCGGCUAGUCGACUCGAUAUUCGCCAAGAAAAUUGGAAGGAAUAUUGAGGUGUAUGUAGAUGAUAUGGUGAUUAAGAGUCCAAAUGAAGAAAAGAUGUUGCAAGACAUCGAAGAGACUUUCAAGACAUUAGAGGUGGCCAAGAUGAAACUAAACCCAGCCAAAUGCACGUUUGGAGUGGAAGAGGGGCAAUUCUUGGGCUACUAUGUUACUAGAGAUGCACAAGCUGAGAAGGCGCUCCAAAGAAUCAAGGAAGCACUGCACAAGCUGCCGACUCUGGCAACCCCCAUUCCUGGAGAAACAUUACAAGUGUAUCUUUCAACAUCAGGAGAAGCGAUAUCAUCGGUAUUGGCUGUGGAAAGGGAAGGGGAGCAGAAACCAGUAUACUUUGUUAGCAGAGCGCUGCAGGGACCGGAAAUCAACUAUCCCAUGCUGGAAAAAUUGGUGCUGGAACUCAUCUACGCUGCGAGACGAUUAAGUCGAUACUUCCAGGAACAUCAAAUCGAGGUACUCACAAGCUACCCCAUUAAACAGAUCUUGCUUAAGCCGGAGAUGUCGGGUCGGCUGGCCAAGUGGGCAAUUGAACUGGGAGAGCACGAUAUAAACUACCGCCCAAGAACAAGUAUCAAAGGGCAGGCGCUGGCUGAUUUCUUACUAGAAAUUCCUGACGGAGGGAACCCGACGAAAGAAAAGGUGUGGGUAGUUGAAGAGGCCCCUACCGACGAUGGUUCAUGGACCCUGUACACGGACGGAGCGUCCAGUAGGGAAGGCUCAGGGGCGGGGCUGAUCCUGACUAUCCCAGAAGGAGAAGAGGUAACCUACGCCCUUCGUUUCGACUUCCAUACAUCGAACAACGAGGCGGAGUACGAGGCGCUGCUUGCAGGGUUGCGACUCGCCAAACAGAUGGGUGCGAAAGUUGUAACAACACUAACCGACUCAAGGUUAGCAGCGAACCAAGUCAAUGGGAGUUUCGAGGUAAGAGAACAAAGAAUGGGAAAGUACGUAAAGAUGGUAAAGCAACUAGUAGGAUCGUUCGGCCAAUUUACAAUCAAGCAGAUACCCAGAAGUGAGAACAAGAGGGCAAACGCUUUGAGCAAGCUAGCGUCCACUUGUUUUGACCAACUGUCAAAGAAAGUUUUAGUGGAGGUGCUCCGGGAGAGAAGCAUUGAUGAACAACAGGUGAACACCUUGACCCCCGCUGGACCCACAUGGAUGAUACCAUUCCGGGAAUACCUCUAG